AUGUGCGAAAUCAAAGAAAGACCGAUUGUUGAUGAAUUACCGACUCUCCAAGCCAUUCCAUGGGAAAUGCUCGCGAAAGGGCGGGAAAUGAGCCCUACUCAAGCCACAACUUGUAGGCGUUCUGAUUCGCCGUUCGCGCCAAAAAAUACUGCAAAAUUCUGUUCGGUUGGGCAUAGAUCAACGAAGCGAGAUUUUGUCUGUUCAUCCGGUAAGGUAAAAAUAGCGGGAUAUCAGUCAGAGGCUUUCGACUGUCCUGCCAGGCUCUAUCAUGCCUACCACCAUCAGCAGCUCAGUACGGAGCAGGGACGAAAGAGGUCAGUUGGUGACACAAGUCAAGCCGCCACAAGCAUGGUCAACAGUGUUGGUUGGGUGAUGAUAUCUGGGCUUUUCCUUAUGCUCCAGUUCGACCGACCCAAAGCGAGAUAUGAUACGUACACAUGGCACUCGUCUGAGCAUAUGGAGUACAAUGCCGUACAUUUCCGCGGCGUGGUUCAUAGGCUGCGCUUUGAGUGGGUGUACUCAGUGAAGGACAGAAGCGGUGAGACAAGGAAUACACAUUCCCUCUGCAACCGUGGUGAGCAAGUGGCGUGA